CUCAAAGGGGGCCUGGACGGAGCGACAAAACCUGAUUGACAGUCCGACUAGCCUAUCCGCGGCACGGCAGGGAACAUUCGAGACUAGACCGUUCUCGAAGGUUUGAAGGCUUCGAUAUAAAGUGAGCCCAGCGUUAUUCUGGUGACUUCAUCCGGCUUGGCUGAGAUUACACACAGGAGUCUGCACUUCCCGGCGGGAUCUUCCUUAGACAGAAACUCAAGAUGCCUGAAGCACACGAUCAACCCAUGGAGGAAGAGGCUGAGACCUUUGCCUUCCAGGCUGAGAUCGCUCAGCUUAUGUCUCUGAUCAUCAACACCUUCUACUCCAACAAAGAGAUCUUCCUUAGAGAGCUCAUCUCCAACUCCUCCGAUGCGUUAGACAAAAUCCGUUACGAGAGUCUCACCGACCCCACCAAGUUGGACUCGGGCAAGGACCUCAAGAUCGAAAUCAUUCCCAACAUCCCGGAGCGCACGCUCACCCUGAUCGACACCGGCAUUGGCAUGACCAAGGCCGACCUGAUCAACAACCUGGGAACCAUCGCCAAGUCUGGCACCAAGGCCUUCAUGGAGGCCCUGCAGGCGGGAGCCGACAUCUCCAUGAUCGGACAGUUCGGCGUGGGUUUCUACUCAGCCUACCUGGUAGCGGAGAGGGUGACCGUUAUCACCAAGCACAUUGACGACGAGCAGUACAUCUGGGAGUCCUCCGCCGGCGGUUCCUUCACGGUGAAGGUGGAUAACGCUGAAUCCAUCGGGCGUGGCACCAAGGUGAUCCUUCACCUGAAGGACGACCAGAUCGAGUACAUCGAGGAAAAACGCAUUAAGGAGAUCGUGAAGAAGCACUCGCAGUUCAUCGGUUACCCCAUCACGCUCUUUAUGGAGAAGGAGCGUGAUAAGGAGGUGAGCGACGACGAGGCCGAAGGCGAGGACGGGGAGAAGAGCAAGGAGGAGCACGGCGAGGACGACGCGGACAAAGACGAGGACAAGCCCGAGAUCGAGGACGUGGGCUCGGACGACGAGCACGACGACCACGACCACGGCGACAAGUGCUCGGACAAGAAGAAGAAGAAGAAGAUCAAGGAGAAGUACAUCGACCACGAGGAGCUGAACAAGACCAAGCCCCUUUGGACCCGUAACCCCGACGACAUCACCAACGAGGAGUAUGGGGAGUUCUACAAGAGUCUCACCAACGACUGGGAAGACCACCUGGCCGUCAAGCACUUCUCGGUGGAGGGUCAGCUGGAGUUCCGCGCGCUGAUCUUCGUUCCGCGCCGCGCGCCCUUCGACCUCUUUGAGAACAAGAAGAAGAAGAACAACAUCAAGCUGUACGUGCGCAGGGUCUUCAUCAUGGACAACUGUGACGAGCUCAUCCCUGAGUAUCUGAACUUCAUCAGAGGCGUGGUGGACUCUGAGGACCUCCCCCUGAACAUCUCCCGAGAGAUGCUACAGCAGAGCAAGAUCCUGAAGGUCAUCCGCAAGAACCUGGUGAAGAAGUGCCUAGAGCUCUUCAUUGAGCUGGCAGAGGACAAGGAGAACUAUAAGAAAUGCUACGAGCAGUUCUCCAAGAACCUCAAGCUGGGCAUCCACGAGGACUCUCAGAACAGGAAGAAGCUGUCGGACCUGCUGCGGUACCACACCUCUGCUUCUGGAGACGAGCUGGUGUCCCUGAAGGACUAUGUGACCCGCAUGAAGGACUCCCAGAAACACAUCUACUACAUCACUGGUGAGACCAAAGAGCAGGUGGCCAACUCGGCCUUUGUAGAGCGCCUCCGCAAGGCCGGUCUGGAGGUCAUUUACAUGACCGAGCCCAUUGAUGAGUACUGCGUCCAGCAGCUGAAGGAGUACGACGGCAAGAACCUGGUGUCGGUCACCAAGGAGGGCCUGGAGCUGCCCGAGGACGACGACGAGAAGAAGAGGGGGGAGGAGAAGAAGUCUCAGUUUGAGAACCUGUGCAAAAUCAUGAAGGACAUCUUGGAGAAGAAGGUGGAAAAGGUCACCGUCUCCAACCGCCUGGUCUCCUCCCCUUGCUGCAUCGUCACCAGCACGUAUGGCUGGACCGCCAACAUGGAGCGGAUCAUGAAGGCUCAGGCCCUCCGAGACAGCUCCACCAUGGGCUACAUGGCGGCUAAGAAGCACCUGGAGAUCAACCCGGACCACUCCAUCGUGGAAACGCUGAGGCAGAAGGCGGAGGUGGACAAGAACGACAAGUCUGUGAAGGACCUGGUGAUCCUCCUGUUUGAGACGGCGCUGCUGUCCUCCGGGUUCACCCUUGAUGACCCCCAGACCCACUCCAACCGCAUAUACAGGAUGAUCAAGUUGGGCCUUGGCAUCGACGAGGACGACCUGACCACGGACGAGCCAACGUCCGCCCCCGUGGAAGACAUGCCUCCUCUGGAAGGAGACGAAGACACAUCCAGGAUGGAGGAGGUCGAUUAGGAUAUCCCAGAAUCCCUUCUGUUGUCUAGCUUUGGAUUUAAUAUAACACAAUGGAAAGUAUUCAAUGUGGUUGACUGACAUUGAAACCUUGCAUUGACUACAUGCACCUGCAGUUCAUUCCUUUUACAAUUAUUAUUAUUUUUUUGUUAAUUUCAUUUUUUUUUCUAUCAUGUGUGUGUUUCUUUUGUUGGUAUGCAUUCCAAAGUUCCAAGUGUGUUCACACUUUUACUGUAAAUAAAUAUGACUGUGAUUUGGAAUGGUGGUACCCAGAAGAAAUAAAGUUGACCAUGUUGACCAACUUUGGUUUCCAAUAGAUUUUUCCUAUAUCAAUCAAUGAUAAUGUUGUCCUACUCUGCAUGGAUUAACAGGAUUCUUGAGCAAGUUUGGAAGGUCUGGGAAAUUACCUUAAAGUCUGGGCAUUGUUAUGUAUGGAAAUUUAAAAUAAUGUGUUUAUUAAUACAAGUAAAAAUAUUAUUUUAUUUAAAAAGAGUGGCGACACAUUAAUAUGAUCAUGAGUAAACCCUCAGGUUAGUUCAAAUAAAAUGUGGUAAAUUUAAUAAAUAGUCCAGUGAUAAUACAAGGAUAGUCAGAGGAUUAUGGACAAUUUUGCUGAAUGUCAAGUCUUUAUCUCGCCAAUGAA